AUGACGCCCCAAGCGACGGCGCUGCUGGCCUUAGCACUAACGGCAGAGCAAGCAAGAGGCAACAUACCGGCAGGAGCAAACGAGCAGGAAUUUGGUGCAUUGUGCGCUAUUGUCGAUCUUUCACGAUCGGACAUAACCAUUAACCAAUUUCCGGAUCAGACAGCUGCCCUAGAAGGGGCCGUUCUAGCCCUUAACAUGAGCUUAGCAGAUGAGUCGUGGCAGAAGCGGUUCAGUAAGGACGGGGCGAAAAAAGAGUGGAUAAAAGAGCUUCCGGCAGGCACAGCAGACCCUGGCCACUGGAAAAAAAGUUGGCCAAAGUGGGCCGCCGCCGCGGCCAGGUUAGCCGACCAAGGAACGGCAGCAGAGAUAAAAAGCAGCGGCUUCGAAACCUUAAACCCAAUAGAAAGGGCAGGGGCCAAAGCAAGUGUAGCACAAAUAGCAGCAGAAGCACAAUUCCUAACACAACAAAUCGCCGAAAAAGAGAACGUAGGCAAAAAGCAUACAGCGGCCACCGUUAAAGCGGCGCUAAACGAAGCUAUAUACGGCGUCAAACAAGAGGCACCACCAGACUUUGAGCCAACGAGAAACUAUGACGGUCUGAACACACAAGCAAGGGAAGCGAUCUGCGUCGGGCUAGGCAGCGAAGCUAAAACAACAACAAUCGCAGGCGCUAUUUACUGUAUCUGCGGCCAAGACAACGCCCAAGCAGAAAAAGUGUGCGCAAGAAACCAGGCAGAUACUCACAAGUGGACAUCGAUCACCAACGCCAUGACCAAGGACGGAUUCGAGGAAAUAGUAAAGCACUGCGCCGGCCCAGCAAAAACGCACCUAACAUCCAGCCUAUUAAUGGGUCUCAUAACCAAGAUCAAAAACCUAAUAAGAAGAGUAGGCGCCAACGCCUACAUGGGGGCUCUCAAAACAGGAAGCAGCUGCAACGGCGACAAAACACAAGGAAUAUGCAUAAAGUACGCUGGCUAUGACGGGACGCCCACCAAGGAUUUUGCGGCGAUCCCCUGGGCCCAGAAGUUGCUAGCUCUCCACGACGAUCUGCGCCAGCAAGAAAAAGCAAUCGCAGAAGCGACGGCACUCGAACAGCAACUUGCUGUGGCCAAAAAUAAAGCCUAUGCGGCAGCACUGCUACAGAAGACCGCACCUCCAACAGCCGGUCAGACAAGCAGCGACAAUGUCAACCGCAAAGGCGACCAGGGGACUCAGCCGACUAACAAAUGCAAUCAAAUAGUUACGGAAGAGACAUGCAACAAAGAAAAUGAAUGCAGUUAUGAAAAAGAAAGCGAUGGUACAAAAAGGUGCAAAUAUAAUGCAACGAAAGCCACAGCAAAUGGUGUCCCUGUAACACAACCUCAAAAAGGACCGGCUAAAACAACAGAAAAUAAAUGUAAAUGGAAACCGGAGAAAGAUUUCAAAUCUCCUGACUGUAAAUGGGAUGGAAAAGAGUGCAAAAAUUCCUCUAUUAUAGCAAACAAACAAUUCGCCAUGAUUGUUUCUGCAUUUGUGGCCAUGGUUUUCUAA